AGGUAACCGCCCCCUUUAGCUCCUGCUAGCGAGUUAGGUGUGUCCUGCCGUUUAUUGACAUGGUUCCACGACCGGCGAGCUCGGUGUAAACAGGGAGUUCAACAUACCCCCACCUUCCCCCGCCCCCCAACACUCCGCACUCCACCCCCAUCAACACUGCCCGGGCCGGUCUGAUCCUCCCCACCCCGCGUCUGGGACGACGUUCACCCUGUUUAACAUGAAUAACAGUGGGAAGUCAUACUCUGCUCCGGACCCGGCCAUGAUGUUCGAGGAUUCAGCCCUAGACAAUCUGGAGCCGUCUCUGACCGAGAGCAGCGUGAUCGAUAAUGCUCUACUCAAUGACAUUGAUGAUAUGUUGCAGUUGAUUAGCAAUCAGGAUGGAGAUUUCCCUGAAUUGUUUGACAACACCUUUUCCAGCAGUCCUCUUCAGGAUAGCAGUUCGUCCAUUGCACCUAACCAGGGCUCUCCAAACUUGACUCUCGACAGCCUCUUGGGGAGUGGUGGCAAGAAUCAAAUUCCUGCAAAAACGUACCAGGGCUCUCGGGUUCAACCUCAGCUUCAGCAUCCACAGCAGUCGCAGCUCCUUCGGGGUCCCUCUCCACAGCAUGUCAAACAAGAAACUGCUCAGAUGCAACAGAGUCAACAGCAGCAGGCUCUCAUGAUGUCGCAGAGUUUUACAACCUCCGCACAAUUGCAGCCACAGUUUGUGGAGCAACAGUCAUUGGGCUUUCAGAAUCCCAAUGGAUUUACAGGUAAUUGGUUAUUUUUAACAUGGCACUGAAUGAACAUGUUUCUU